AACUCGCGUCUGUUUCAUUUCCCACGCCGCGCGUCGCCAGUUCCCCCCGCUGCUGGUGAUCAUAUUAUCCACCAGCUUUUCCUCCGGCUAAUGGAAUAUAAAAAAUAUCACGGCUUUUCCACUAGCUGAGACUCCCGGCCGCGUGUAUAAGUUUCCAAGUUGACAGGAUUUAACCAUCUACGGAAUUACUAUCAAUCAUAAUGGGCGGUGAAGAGGGUAUUGGAGUAACGACUGGCCAGCCGAACCUCUACAAGCAAGAUUUGUCCAAACUCGACGUUACCAAAUUGACUGCUCUGUCCCCUGAAGUGAUCAGCAGACAAGCAACCAUCAACAUUGGAACAAUUGGUCACGUGGCUCACGGGAAGUCGACGAUAGUGAAAGCGAUUUCCGGUGUCCAAACUGUGCGAUUCAAGAACGAGCUUGAGAGAAAUAUCACAAUUAAACUUGAAGCUCGUGCGACGGAGUCAACCACCGGAGAACUGGCUGAACUACCAGGUGAUACUAGUGAAAUGCCAAUAUCAAGUGAUAAACGUGCUAGAGCAUCGACAGGACAGUCUCCACCACCGACAAAGCGGGUGAGACGUAGCUCGAGCGAUGAUAAAAACAGCGAAGACUCAGCCUUUCACGAAACAAUGAUUGACGAUGAUAAUUCCUCGAUCCAACCGAAAGACAUUUCACUGAAAGAUGAGGACCGUGAGAUAUACAAAAAAUAUGGUUUGAAGACACUGAGUAUAAAACUCAACGAUAUAUACAAAACCGGAUACAUUUUACCGAUAACUCCCGAACUCUACGAAGUAGAAAGAAUACUAGAUAAAAAAAUCAAGGAAGGAGAGGUUUUAUACUACAUAAAAUGGAAGAGCUGGAGCUCGGAUAACAACACCUGGGAGCCAGCGAAGAAUCUGAUAGAUUGUCCAGAAUUAUUAGAGCAAUUUGAGACUGACAGAACGAAUCUUCUAGAAAAGUUCAAAGCAACCGAAAAUUUUUACCCCGAUGUGGCGGCCUUAGAGGCCCACAUGAAGGAGUUAAAACGCUUGAAGAAAUCUAUCGACGACAUAGAAGUAGAGGAGACGACUCUAUACAGAAACCUUCGCACUCACUUUAAGCCCAACGCUGAGACAAAUUUCAAAUUGAUCGAAAGGAUUAAAACAGGAAUAAUCCAUUCGAUGUACUGCUCCUCGAGGAGAGAUCAGUUGGAUUCGUUGCAGGGAUGGGAGACCGAGAUCAACACCAUCACCAAAGGGAAACCUGUGGUGACAGUGGAGAAUUUUGUGGACUUAGAAGUGACUCCUCAAGACUUUUAUUACAUUGACGACUAUCUCCCAGGUGCUGGUGUCACUAUCCCAGAUGAACCUCCCAUUGGCUGUGAGUGUGAAAAAUGUGAUGCCAAGGCGAAAUGCUGUUUUGCUCAAUAUGAAGGAGGAUUUCCUUAUACCACUGGCUGUCGUGUUCGUGUCCCUCCAGGCACACCAAUCUACGAAUGCAAUAAACGUUGCACAUGCCCACCAGAUUGUAAGAACAGGGUUGUACAGCGAGGUUCUAUGGUGAAUUUAUGCAUCUUUAGGACUGCUAAUGGACGAGGGUGGGGGGUUAAAACCAAGAAGUUGAUUAAGAAGGGGACUUUUAUCACUGCCUAUGUGGGGGAAGUCAUUACGAAUGAGGAGGCCGAGAAAAGGGGAAAGGAGUAUGAUGCAGCUGGACGAACGUAUCUUUUCGAUCUCGAUUUUAAUGAGGUUGAGGAACAGUGCCCUUACACUGUCGACGCUGCCUUGUAUGGGAAUAUAUCGCAUUUUAUUAAUCAUUCUUGUGAACCUAAUUCGGCGGUUUAUGGGGUCUGGAUUGAUUGUUUAGAUCCUAAUUUACCCAAACUUGCACUCUUUGCUACGAAGGAUAUUCAUAAGGAUGAGGAGAUCACUUUUGAUUAUAUGUGUCAAACUUCAAAGGGAUUUGAGAAAAAGAAGAUGACAACCAUGGGCCAAUUGAAUGCUUCUAGUGAGGCGAGAUUGGCGGGGGAUAAAGAUGAAGGGGCUGGGAAAUUGCCUGAGAACAAGACCAAGUGCAAAUGCGGGGCUAAAGGGUGAUAUGCCAAUGCUAAAAUUUACAAGUGCGAUAAUGAGAAGUGCCCGAGACCCGCGUGUUAUAUUUCUGGAGGAUCCAGCAAGGAUGAUUCGUUCCCGUGCCUGAGACCUGUUUGCUCGGGCAGAUUUCAGCUGAAGAGACAUGUGUCUUUUGUGGACUGUCCUGGACACGAUAUUCUUAUGGCCACUAUGUUGAACGGCGCUGCUGUUAUGGACGCAGCAUUGCUUUUAAUUGCUGGGAAUGAAUCAUGCCCACAGCCGCAAACAUCGGAGCAUUUGGCUGCUAUUGAGAUCAUGAAGCUCAAACAUAUCGUCAUCCUGCAAAAUAAAAUUGAUUUGGUGAAGGAAGGACAGGCUAAAGAGCAGUACGAACAGAUUCUCAAGUUUGUUCAAGGUACCGUUGCUGAGGGAGCUCCAGUGAUCCCAAUCUCUGCACAACUGAAAUACAACAUUGAGGUCCUCUGCGAGUAUAUCACCACGAAAAUUCCAGUCCCCAUGAGGGACUUCACGUCUGAGCCGAGACUAAUUGUCAUUCGAUCUUUUGAUGUUAACAAGCCUGGUUGCGAAGUUGAUGAUCUGAAGGGAGGGGUUGCUGGUGGAAGUAUUUUAAAAGGUGUUCUUAAGGUCGGUAUGGAAAUAGAAGUACGACCAGGUCUUGUCUCGAAGGAUGGUGAAGGAAAGUUGACUUGUCGUCCAAUUUACUCUCGUGUCGUUUCUCUCUGCGCUGAGCAAAAUGAACUGCAGUUCGCUGUCCCUGGUGGUUUAAUCGGUGUGGGAACGAAGAUCGAACCGACACUAUGUAGGGCCGAUCGCCUCGUUGGACAAAUUCUCGGGGCUGUGGGAGCUCUCCCCAAGAUCUUCACUGAACUCGAGAUAUCGUAUUAUCUUCUAAAGCGGUUGUUGGGAGUCCGAACUGAAGGAGACAAGAAGGGAGCUAAGGUUCCAAAAUUAUCCAAGAACGAAGUUCUGCUAGUGAACAUUGGAUCGUUGAGUACCGGAGGUCGUGUGCUAGCCACAAAGGCCGAUUUGGCUAAAAUCAGUCUCACCAAUCCUGUCUGCACGGAGAUUGACGAGAAAAUUGCUCUCUCUCGACGUGUCGAGAAGCAUUGGCGUUUAAUUGGAUGGGGUCAGAUUCGCGGAGGUGAAACGAUCGAGCCCGUCAUUGAUUGCAAAUAGAUUUAAAUAAAUAAAUCAUUGUUUUUCAUUCUAUUUACAAAUAUUUUCCAUCCAAUUGUACUUGGAUUGAGCAAUACUUUGGCCGUUGAACGUAUCACGAAGAUUCUGUACAACUGAUUUAAUAAUAAAAUCAUACGCCUUUUCAAUAAAGACAAAUUGUGCGAAA